AGAAAAGUUGUGUUGAUUGGGAACGUAGUACGGUUUUCCAAGAAAAAAACAUUGAAUUCCGCUUUUACAUGCUGCCGAUCACGGCCUAAUUUUCGUAAGCCCGAUCAUAGACAAAAUAAAACCCUAAUAAAUAAAUAUUCUCUUUCAUUAGUCAGAGGUCUCUUGAGGUUUCAGUUUCUUGUCUUUUGGGAUAAACAGUAAGUAGCUGACAAAUGGUAUAGAAACUUCUGCUCCGAGUUAGAUCUGUUGUUCUACUUAUAUAAUUCAUUGUUUCUCCACUCUGUUUCUUCUUCUUCUUAAGUUGUGUAGUUCAUAAUAGUAAAUUUAUGUUUGUCUGAUCUUUAAGUUUUUUUGCAUGUGUGGUUUGCUUAAAAACUUAAAAUGCAUAAUUGGAUCUGGCCUUGUGUGUUCCAUUGUAGCUAAUUUGUUAGAGGAAUUGAAUGGCCCCAAAGAAAGGAGUCAAAGUAUCUACAAAGAAGAAGCCGCGACUUCUCUGUUUAAGAUUCUCCUCAAGUAUAGGCCUGAGGACAAAGCAGCCAAGAAGGAGCGUCUUCUCAAGACGGCUCAGUCUGAGGCUGAGGGAAAACCUUCUGAGUCAAAGAAGCCAAUUGUUGUCAAAUAUGGUCUUAACCAUGUGACUUACCUCAUUGAGCAGAGAAAGGCCCAAUUGGUGGUGAUUGCUCAUGAUGUGGAUCCGAUUGAGUUGGUCGUCUGGCUGCCCACAUUGUGCAGGAUAAUGGAAGUUCCUUACUGCAUUGUCAAGGGGAAAUCACGAUUGGGAGUGAUUGUCCACCAGAAAAUAGCAUCUUGCUUGUGUUUGACCACAGUGAAGAAUGAGGAUAAGCUGGAAUUCAGCAAAAUCCUAGAGGCCAUAAAGGCAAACUUCAAUGACAAGUAUAUGGAGGAGCGUAAGAAGUGGGGAGGUGGGAUUAUGGGAUCCAAAUCGCAGGCCAAGACUAAGGCUAAGGAGAGGAUUCUAGCCAAGGAGGCUGCUCAGAGGGUGAAUUAAGAAGCUCUCUAUGGGUUUCAUUUUUGGAAAGCUAAUUUUAUUCAAUUUGCACACUACUAAGAGUUUAAAUCCAAGUAUCUCUCUUUUUUCCACAAUUUUGGUUGCAUCGCCUUAUUUCGACUUAGGCUAUAUAUACAAACUUAUUUAUUGGCCCCAAGAGGCCACCUAUUGUUCCAUCAAUAUAAUUAAAUUUUAGCAGCUGUUUUUUCUUUUAAUUUUGUUCGUUAAGCUUC